AUGGGCUCGGUUAUAGCUGGUACACCCGAUGAUACCAAGGGUAAUGAGACCCUUGAUAUCACGGUAGAGUUCACAGGAGGCCUUGAGAUGUUAUUCGCCAAUGAAAGGGUUCAUAAGAUUGCACUGCCGUCCAGGGACCCAAGCGGUUCUGCUGCGAAUAUCAGCUUCUUAGUCAAAUACUUAAUCGAAAACGUGAUGAAAGACCCGAGAAAAGAGCUAUUCGUGGUUGAUGAUGCAGUACGACCUGGAAUAUUGGUAUUGAUCAAUGACGCCGACUGGGAGCUGGAAGGAGAAGACGCCUAUGAGAUUUCGAAGGGUGAUAACAUUCUAUUCGUAUCUACACUCCAUGGAGGCUAG